AUGCCUCCCGAAAGAACCCCCCACCGUUCGACCCUCCUCACCCGCUACAAACAGCUCAUCGACCAAGACCUCCCCCUCGCCGCCAAAACCAAGUCCUCCGCUCAACCACGUUGGCCUGUGCACCUGAACCACUGUUUCGGCCGGAUCAUCCUCGAUCACAUCUGCCAGAGACCUUGGAGGGAGGUCCUUCAACCGCCGGCUAUUGAGCACAUGAACAUCGCGCAAUUGGGAAAGGCGGUCCAGGUCGGGGAGGGGAUCUUGGGUGGGACGAUCGAUCUGGAGAGGCUUAACCGGGAGAGUUUGCAGAUGAGGUCGAAGAGCAGGAGUGGAAGCGAAAGCAAGGGCGAAGCCAACGAGUCACUUGGUCACGCCGUACAUGCUGGUUCUCAAAGCCAUUCGGCAUCUCCCACUACCAUCAUCUCUUCCCCAAACCACAUCUCGUCUCCAGGCCUCAUCAUCGACCCGGCGGAACUGCGAGACCUACCAGCCAAAGCCAACUCCACGCCCGAAUCAAGACCGAAGAACAAGAAGAAGAAGACCAUCCGAGAUUACUUCAAGUCCCCGGUCAAGGUCGAGUAGAUGUCGUCGAGGUCGCUACUCCAUAACAACCCCGGGAGAUUACGAUACGACAAGGGCAUCCUAACCCUGACUCUGUGCCGGUCAAACGACAUCGAGAUCAACCAUGAUCACGCUUAAUAAUAAUGGUCUCCGGGUUCGUCUGGGACGUACGAACGUCACUGCACGUAGACCUCGAUUUUAACUUUGGUCUUGACCUUGAUCAGCGCUCUGAGCGUCGGCUUUGACCUUGAUCAACGCUCAGAGCGUCGGCCUUGGGGACGAUAAUCAAACAGAAUUGAAUCUGGG